UUUACUCAGUCCUUCCUCUUGGAUAUAUGGUUACAUAUAGUCACAUCUCCUAUAAAAUAUAUAUGAUGCCUUGAUAGAUAGAACUCAUUCCAUCUCAUAGCUCUUCUCUCCUUAAUUCUUUGUGAAGCUUUAAUCCAAUGGAGAUUGUUAGAGCCCAGGAUGCCUCCUCUUCAGAUUCUCCAUGUAGGUAUCAUGUGUUCUUGAGUUUCAGAGGUGAAGACACCCGCAUGACAUUCACUGACCACCUCUACACAGCUUUAAAGCAUAGAGGAUUUCACACCUUUAGAGAUGAUGAUGAGAUUGAAAGAGGAGAAAAUAUUAAGUUUGAACUGCAUAAAGCAAUUCAAGAGUCGAGGAUUUCAAUAGUUGUCUUCUCAAAAAACUAUGCUUCUUCAAGCUGGUGUCUUGAUGAACUUGUAAUGAUCCUCAAACGUAGGACUACUGGGCAUGUAGUGCUACCUGUCUUCUAUCACGUGGAUCCAUCCCAUGUGAGGAACCAAAUGGAAUGUUUCGAAGAAGCAUUCACAAGGCAUGAAGAGAGAUUCCAUACAGAAGGAGCUGAAAAAAAAGAUGAAUGGAAGGGCAAAAUACAAGAAUGGAGAGCAGCACUCAGAGAAGCAGCAGAUUUAGCAGGGAUGAAUUUACAAAAUCAAGUUAAUGGAUUCGAGUCAAAAUUUAUCCACAAAAUUGUAGAAGUGGUUGCAGACAAACUAAGAUGCACAAUCUUGGGCAACUCCCCCUACUUGAUUGGAAUGCAUUAUCGAGCCAAAAAUAUUGGGCUUUGGUUACAAGAUGAGUGUAGUGAUGUUGGUAUAGUUGCAAUUUGUGGGAUAGGUGGAAUAGGGAAGACAACAAUUGCCAAAUUUCUAUAUAAUUCGAACUUCUCAAGAUUCCAAGGUAGUAGUUUUCUUGCAAAUGUAAGAGAAACUCUAAAACAACCAAAUGGUUUACUUCAAUUACAAACACAACUUCUUUCAGACAUUUUAAAGGGAAAAAUGGAAAAUUUGUGUAGUGUUGAUGAAGGAAUUGUUAAAAUUAAAGAUGCAUUAUGUUGCAAAAGAGUUCUUGUAAUUGUUGAUGAUGUGGAUACAAUGGACCAAUUAGAUGCAGUACUAGGAAUGCGAGAUUGGUUUUCUCAAGGUAGUAAAAUCAUCAUAACCACUAGACGUGAGCGGUUGCUAAGGGCUCAUGAAGUUUACCAAGUUCACAAGGUUGAAAAUUUGGAUUACAAUGAAUCCUUGGAGCUCUUUAGUUGGCAUGCCUUUGGGAAAGACUGUCCCAUUGAUGGUUUCAUAGAGGACUCGAAAAGGGUGGUACAAUACUGUGGAGGGCUUCCAAUAGCUAUUAAAAUUUUGGGUUCUUCUCUAUUUGGGAAAAGCUUAAAUGUUUGGAAAAGUCAACUAGAAAAAUUGAAAGCAAUCCCCGAUAAUGAAGUUGUUGAAAAGCUCAAAAUAAGCUAUGACUCUUUACAAGAUGACCAUGACAAAAAUUUAUUCCUCCAUGUUGCUUGUUUUUUUGUUGGAAUGGAUGAAGAUUGGGCAGUUACCAUUCUAGAUGGAUGUGAUUUUUUCACAACAGUUGGGAUUCAAAAUCUCAUUGAUAGAUGUCUGUUAACGAUUGAUGAAAGCAAAAAGUUGGUGAUGCAUCAAUUGAUUCAAGAAAUGGGAAAAGAAAUUGUUCGUCGAGAAUCACCCAAGGAGCCAGGAGAACGUAGUAGACUCUGGAAUCAUAAGGACUCCUUCAAUGUCUUGAGAGAAAAUACUGGGACAGGAAAAAUUGAAGGUCUCAUAGUUGAUAUGAAUUUUUUGGGGGAUAAAUAUGGCAGGACAACAGUCUUUGGUGUCAAUAGAAAACGUAAUUUUGAAGAAUUCCUCAGCACAUCUUCAUUGUCAAAUGUAGGAAAUUCAUUUAAAAGACAUUGUUUUGGCAUCUUUUCCCGGCAAACAGUAGGCACUGCUCUACGAAAUUCAGAUAAGAUAGCUGUGGAAGUUGAUGCAUUUAUAAGGAUGCAUAAACUAAAACUUUUGCAGCUCAACUAUUUACAAGUCAAUGGAAGCUUGGAAAAUUUUCCUAGAGGAUUACGAUGGUUGUGUUGGCAUGGAUGCUCUUUCAACUCUAUAUCAGAUGAUUUUCCUUUGGAUAACCUGGUUGUUCUUGACAUGCAGUAUAGCAACUUGCAAAAAGUUUGGAAAGGAACCAAGUUUCUCGAGUCACUAAAAAUCCUUGAUCUUAGUCAUUCCCACUGCCUUUCCGAAACUCCUGAUUUCUUGGAAACACCCAAUCUUGAGCGACUAAUACUUGAAAAUUGUGCACGACUGGUAGAUAUUCACGAAUCUAUUGGACACCUUCGGAGACUUGUUUUAUUAAAUUUAAAAGAUUGCAAAAAUCUAAGAAAGCUUCCAAGAAGCAUUGUUAUGCUAAAAUUUUUGGAAACACUUGACAUCUCAGGUUGCUCAAAUAUUAAUGAAUUGCCAACAGAGAUAGGGAGUAUGAAUUCUUUAACAAAGUUGAAUGCAAAUGGAAUUGCCAUAAUUCAAUUACUCUCUACCACUAAGGAGAUCAAAUCAUGGUAUUCAUUCAUCUGGCCUUCUCUAUCGAAACCAAGAAAAAGUGUAGAAAUUUCAUGUGCUCUUUUACCACGAUAUUUGGUACACUUAAGUCUUGUGGAUUGCAAUUUAUCAGAGGAUGCUUUUCCAAAGGAUCUUAGCAACCUAUCCUCAUUGCAAAUAUUAAAUCUGAGCAAUAAUCCAAUUUGUAGCCUCCCGAAUUGCAUCAGAGGUCUUACUGGACUUCAAAUCCUUGGAUUAGGUAAGUGUAAAAGGCUUCAAUCUCUUAUAGUGGAGCAGAAUGUGAAAGUAUUGAUGUUCUCUGGCUGUACAUUGUUGGAGAAAGUAACAUUUCGAUCAGUUCCAUCAACCAUAGAAUUAAAUAACGUUCAUGAUGAAUAUAUAAUGUGGAAUAAAUUGACAGAAUUGUACAGGUCAAAAUGUUUACAGGGUUCAAAUCCAUUUAACCUGGAACGUAAUAAGAUUAGGGAGAAUCAAUUCGUUGUGAACAAGAGUUGGAGAUCAUAUCUACACGGUGGUGAUUGUUACAAUAUGGUUGAGGUUGCAGGAGAAUUGAAGUUAGAACCCAUAGGGAAUAUUGACGUGAAGAUACUAAAUUUUUUGGGCAUCUCCAGCUUUGGAUCCAACGGAAGCUCAACUGUUACGCUUUCAGGCUUCUUCUUAACUAGAAGGAAGCUUCCUUUACAGGGAUGUCAUGAACAACAUAUAUUUUACGCUUAUCUUCCGGGAAGCAAGAUUCCAGCUUGGUUUAGUCUUAAAAAUACAGGAUCAUCAAUAUCUGUUACUGUGCCAUCGAAUUUCAGAAUUCAAGCCUUGAGUGUGUGUUCUAUGUAUGCACUUUGCAAUAAUCCAAUACGUCGUAGAUUUAAUUUUAGCGCACAUACUAUUAUCAGUAAUAUGACCAAGAGUUUGAUAUGGAGUCAUUGUCCGAAAGUCUUUGGCAUUCCAGAAGCUGAUGAGGAUAUGAUGUGGUUAAGUUAUUGGAAGUUUGAAAAUCAGCUGGGAGGUGGGGAUGAACUGAAUAUUUCUGUGGUUGGAGAUAAAUCUUUUCAAGUGAAGGAGGUCGGAGUCCAUCUUGUGUACAAGGAGCAAGAAGAGAAGAGUAGCCAAUCAACUAGUGAAGAAGCAUCCCAAUUACAAUUCUCUCUCUAUGGAAAUGUCGUUCCUGGAAAUGCAUCUGCCGUGCAUCCAGCAAGCAAAAAAGUCUACCAACUUGGCAUGAAUGAUCUGAAUUGUCCGAUUUGUAAUAAUCUAUAACCUCAACCUUUGUGCACGACCUUGGCAAUUGGUUUCUUUGGGACUAGCGAGAGAUUCAGUUGGCAAUAAUUCUUAUUCUCUCUUUAUAAUUAUGUUAUGUUGUGUGACGUUAAUUUGUUAUGUGCUGGAGAUUCUUGAGGAUGCUAAGGUUUUUGAAGCAUGGCAGAGGAUGUAUUUUGCUUUAAUUGGUUCGGACAUGGAUGUGCUCUCUAGGGAAUCAAUCCAUUCACUCGAGAAGACAGUUUGCUAAUGACUCGCUAUUCAUCUUGGUUUUGCUCUUAUUCUGGUUGGAUUUUAUUUCUUAGUGUCUUGACAGUAGACUUUGUUGUUGAUUAGUUUAGUUUGAGAGAGUGCUAUGUAAUUUAUUUUAAUGCAGGUGCGUACGCUUUGUUUGUCUCUUC